UUAGGAGGAAGAUGACGUGUGCACUUCCUUCUCGUCCUUUUAUUUUGUGUUAGUACAGCAAGCUGUCAACUGAUCAGAUUAACAACGUAAAAUGAUGAUGUUAGCGAUUAUAGGAACAAGAACAGAGUAAUGCCAAAGUAAAGAGAAAGAGAGUUUACUGAAGGAGUGCUGUAUCGCUUAAGGGAAUUACACGGUAAUCAGUGCUAGUAAAAAAAGGAUGGAUCGAUGACGAUCUCCUUCAAAAAAUAAAAGAAGAUGAAUAUUCAUCUAUGGACCUUCCUAAUUUUCCUGACUCAAUCUUUCCUAUGCGUACAGAGCCAAAAUGACACGACCAAUGCCACGUCCACCACGUAUAGUCCCUUGGUGACGUCACACGAAACUGUGACGUUGUCGACAUCGAUGACGUCAGUUGUGGCAUCAUCAUCAUCGUCAUCGUUAACGUCAACAGCAUCACCCUCGUCUGGACAUAGCAGUUCAGGAACGAUCACCGGAGAGAACAGUGUCACGACUACGACCGCGGUUACGAAUGCUUCUAAUGCAACUGUAACCAAGACAACGGGCACGCCUGCAGGGGAUUCAGGAACGUCUGGCACAACCCUCACUCUAGAGACGACUGAGACGAAGUUCUGGCAGCAGUAUCGGUUCUAUAUCCUCGGGGGAGGAGCAGGUUUUAUAGUGUUGUCCGUGAUCACGCUCUUCAUCUGCUGUGCCUGCUGCGCAAGUUGCAGACGGUGUUGUUGCAAUUGUUGCCUAAGACUCUCUUGUUCUGAAGGCUGUCGUGCGGAAUUGGUUGACUUUGAACAGUGCCUAGCAACGUGUUGUUGUCGCCAUGGAAACAAAACCAAACAUCAAUCGCGACAGCAUUACCCGCAUCCUUUUACGACAUUCGAUUAUGACAGCAGCACUUUAGGUACAGAUAAAAAUGGAUGCAUGAAUGGACAUGUUUACACCAAUGGCCACGUGCAUUCAAAUGGUCACGUGCCUAUGACGCAGAUGGGUCACGAUAUUCUAGAUGGAGGCAGCAUCAGCAAACGGAGCGACUCCAGCAAGAGUUCUGAUGUUAAUCACAAUGCAGUGCCGAAAUCCAAGAAUAAAGAGCAACAACCCGUUGAAAUUACUCAGAUAACAGUAUUCGACCCAUCUGUAAAUCAACCAGUGGCAAAUGGGCAUGUGGAACCUGUUACCAAUGGAAAUGGCAAACCCAACGGUAACAGCAACUCUGGGAAGAGCAACGGCAAUGGUCACGUGACAAAUUCACCCGCUGGGUUUAUGAAAUUUCGCGGUGGGAAAGGAAACUAUAAACUCACUCCACUGAGAGAGAGGAAGAAAAUUUAUAUGAACAGCAAAGACGGGGACACAUUCCUCUUCGUCCCGAGUUGCCCGGAUGGAGAUUGCUUCUUCCGUGCUUUCACUAUAGCAACGCACGAGAUUCUCCAAAAGUGCGAGAGACACGCGGAGAGUGGACUUCCUUUGGCGGAAGAUCUGUUCCGUUUCGAAAACGAAAAAGUGUUCAACCUCCGCAAGGAGAUGUGCGAUUUUAUGAGAGAGCAUUUCAGUCGUUACGAAAAGAAAGCGCUGGAGCUGGUUCAUCAAGGGAGCGUAAAAGACAUGGACAGUGCUAUUCCUGCCAUGGACAUCCCCGCCCCCAUACACGACGAACAAUACCAAAGUUUCUACGAUGAACUCAACGCCAUGCAACACCCAGGGACCUACGCAUGCCAGUUGGAAAUUGCCGCCGUGGCGGACAUGAAAAAGACGAAGGUUUUUCUCUAUCAAAAACUCCUUGAGAGUCCCAAGAGCUUAAGGGGCAAGGACCCGAGGAUCAACAUUGCAAAGGUGAUCGAACUCGGACAACCCGAGUUCGAGGACGAGAUUGAUCUUGUCUAUAUGCCCAUUGACCAUGGGAGGUCAGGACAUUACGACGCAUUAGUAAAAGUAGAAACUGCCACUGCCUAGUCCCAGUAUAGAAAUGCAGAUUGGAUUCCAAGAGAGUUUACAUGGACACCACUUGCACCAGAGUCCCAGCGCGCCCUGCGCCUUGGACAAGCAUCGACGGACAUGUUUUUCCUAUUCCUUUUUGAAGAAAGGGGAGAAAGGGAAAAGUUAAAGUGAGUGAAUGCACAACACAUGGGAAGCUCGCGUAUAAAUCUGACUUUCAAUACGUUUAAUAUCAGCUUUUCUCGGAACGGCAGGGUAUAAAGAAGAAACCGCUGGAUCAAACCCCGUAAAAUGCGGUGUAAAGUGUGAGCUUACUUUUGGAUAGGGGUAAACUAAGUGAAGACAAGGGGGACCGCUGUGUACCACGUGAGCAUUACGUCAUUAACGUGAGCUGAUCACGUGGUGAUUAUCCAGGUUACAUAUGCAAAGAUGACGGUGAUUGUGCAAACCGCCGGGAUCAACACCAAAUGAUAAAUAACUGUUACCUCUCAAUUUUUUGCGCAAGUCGAUUCUAUUUGAUGAACAGAACUUUCUCCUAGGUCCUUAGGCAUAUUCAUUAUUGUCUUUUAUUGUUCCAUAAAUGUGUUAUAAGUGCAAUUAUUUAACAAAAAAACAUGACGGGUAAGAUAAAUUGUAAGUAGCCUACGUGUGCGAGCAGCACUGUGUUUUGAAAUUUAUUGUAAGUGGUUAGGAUAGAAGAACAAGCUAUGUCAGUUUUAGCGAAAGGAAUUGAAUUUGUAUCGUACCGGAAUUUGUAAUUUCACCAACCUUGUCUCAUGUGUAUUAUAUGUGAUAGAAUUUCCACAUUUUACUUAACUGCAUCAACUUCUUAACAACGACAACAACUACUAUUGCUACUACUGCCACAAUUACUACUACUACAGGUGUUGCUACUCAACUCUCUUAAAAGUGUAUUAAGAGACUAGUUCUAGGGUUGCUUAUUGCACCAAACAAAGCCCAGGCACUGUGGAACUGCGCCUUAUAAAGUUGCAUUAUUUACAAUAUUCUUUUAGUUUAAAUUGAUAUGUUAAGUUCGUACGUUCAAGCACUGGUGUCUGCCUGAAAUUUUUUCUUUGCUACCGGAAAUUAUAUAGAAAUCAUUCAUAUAGAGCACAACAAAAUGAGACCUAUUGAUAUUUGUUUGUCUUGUUCUUGUUUUCUACCGGUUCUUUUAUAAAUUGUUAUGUUACGUCUUUGCAACAUUCAUUGUAUAUCUCAAUUAAUUUUUGCAUUACAGCGUGUAGGAGACCAUUUUUGUAUUUUGUUGAUUGUAGUGUUUUGAAAGGAUGGAGUUUUCGAUUUUGGAAAGUUGAAAUGAAGCGGUUAUGCAACAAAAUAAAGCUCCAACACUUAAUUACUAGCUGCCUAGAACUGAAAAUCGACCCAACUGAUGUUUGCAACAUAUACGCCUUGUGAUGUAUGUGUUACGUCACAAGGCGUCCAGGGUUCGGUUUUGCAAUGUUGCCAGGCAGCGGAGGUUUAGUAGAAGACUUACACGACCAAGGGGGUUAGCAGACGUUUUUUAGAGACGGAUCUCGGCCCCUUUAACACCUCUAACCUUUGCAUCCCUUGUUCAUUUGUAAAUUGUCUAGUAACGUGAAACGAUGAAGUAAUGAAGGGUAUAUUUUCGAAUUUCUCUCUGUUUGACAAGUCCCUUAGACCCCUCGCUGGCAUCAAAGCACGUGAACAAUUUUAAGUACUUAAAGAUGCAUACAAAGUCUAUUUUUUGUCACAAAAACCAACCAAAUGCCAGCAUAU